AUGCCUGUAGGUGGCGUGCUUGACAGAUUGUCCACCGAUAUUCUCGGUCCCUUUCCGCUUUCUGAUAAGGGUAAUCGCUAUGUACUGUCAGUUUGCGACUAUUGGACAAAGUGGGUCGAGCUGUUUGCUGUCCCUGACCAAACAGCAGUAACUUGUGCUGAUAAGAUAGUGAAUGAAGUCAUCGCCAGGUUCGGGUGUCCACUAGAUCUACAUAGCGACCAGGGGAGGAACUAUGAAAGUAAAAUAUUCGCUGAAGUUUGCAAACUGCUGGAAAUAAGAAAAACAUGCACUGCCAGUGGUCAUGCAGCCUGUAAUGGGGUAGUGGAACGCUUCAAUAAGACUCUUGUGCGCAUGAUCAAGGCCUAUAUGAAAGGGCAGCAAAUCAAGUGGGACGAAAAUUUGGGCUGUAUGGCAGCAGCUUAUAGGGCCACCCCACAUGAAUCCACCGGAUUGUCACCAAACAUGCUAAUGUUGGGUCGGGAGGUCAGGCUCCCCUCUGAAAUCAUGUUUGGUACCGGGAAGCUAGACCCAGAUGAAAAUGUGACAUCAUACGGAGAGUAUGUUUUACACCUCCGAGAUCGAUUCCUCAGAGCACACGAUGUAGCGAGGAAAAAUCUUAAAAAAUCCGCUGUUCGGAGAAAGGGGUACUAUGAUGCAAAGACAUGCCUCAACCAGUACCAGAGGGGCAGUCUUGUGUGGGUCUUGUCGGACAUAACCCAACUCCACAUUACGCCAAAGUUACGCCGCACAUAUGAGGGUCCAUAUUUGGUCUUGUAUAAAAUAAAUGACCUGGAUUAUCGCGUCCAACUUGAUGUGCGGGGCAAAAAUAAAACAGUACACCACAACCGCCUGAAGCCUUACUCAGGAACUGUAUAUUUGCCCUGGGCCAAAGAAGCGCUGAAGGAGUCGAAGAAUUAUCCCAAGUAUGGUCAGUAG